GGAAGUUGCGUUUCCUCCAUUUUGUGGCUCGCUAUGGCGGCUGUGUUGAAGUUACGAAGAGGAUGCGGCGCCUUUGACUGAGAGGGUAGGCCAGGCGAGGCAUCAGGGACGUUGUUCGGCACAGCAGCAGACCGGCCCGGACGUCGUGGACGCUGUCAUGUACGGUGCCGGCGGGGGCCGCGCCAAGGCGGAGAGGAAAGGCGGAGUGAAGGAGGAGGCCGGGCCCGGUGGCACCGGCACUGGGGGCAACCGGGUGGAGCUUCUGGUUUUCGGCUAUGCCUGCAAGUUGUUCCGCGACGACGAGCGGGCUUUGGCCCAAGAACAGGGACAGCACCUCAUCCCCUGGAUGGGGGACCACAAGAUCCUCAUCGACAGGUCGGUUCCUCCCCCCACCCGUCGACCCUCCCCUCCCUCGCCCGCUUGAUUUCGCCUGAUGUUGACUUGAUGGCCAGGACCGAAAAGGGGGUUUUGCGGAGCCCGGGGACUCGGGGGCCUCCCUGCCCCCACGUUCCCCGGCGUCCGGGGGGAGGGGACGGUGAAACCGGCCCUAAGGCUCCGGCCAGAGCUGGCGCCGCGCCGUCGCCGGAGGGAUCGACUCUGCUCCCGCAACCCCUCGAGCCCGGGCUGCUGCUGGCGACUCAGCGCGGUGGAAGCUGCCCGGGCCUCCCGCCCGCGCCGUGGGGCGGGUGCCGCUGUCCCUCCGCUGGCUGUGCGGGAGGGAGCCCGGGAGUGCGCUUUUGUUCCUCCGAAACGCCGCACGCCGAGGCCGUGGGUAGAAGCUUCUUUUGGACCCCGUGAGUUAGCCUGAACUGUCUCUGGCCGGCUUGACUUUUGGCGUCCGGCGAGCCCUUCCCCGCGGUUAUGCGACCAUUUGACCAACCGCGGUAGUGGGUGAAGUUGCUGUCUGUUGGAAGCCGGUCGACCCCGUGCGGACCUUGCUCUUAGGGGUAGCGUGCUUAGAGCUGGUUUCACUGUUUUCUAAAACUGAAGGGUGGAGCUGGGUUUACCUUUGUGUUGUUUCUUUUCAAAUCACAUCCACUGAAGGGCACCCUGAGUUGAGGGUAAAGGGGUGGGAAUGUGGAUUUCUGAAGGUGUUUGAUUUGAAAAGAAUGGCAUUACAUGAUUGGGUGGUUUGCUCCCCACCUACCUCUCUUCUCAUUUUUUCAGUCCCUCUUUCCUCCUCCACCAUCCCGGGUUUGGGUAUUUGUCCUUCCGUUGGGCAAUAGUGCUUCUGGGGCCAGGACUGAAAGGUUCACUUGAGCAACUAUUAAGCUGUGGAGUGGUUUUCUCCAAGUGAAGGAAAUCCAUCGUUUGAGACAAGUAAAACUGGAUUCUGCAAAGACUUGGAACUUGCAUGACUGUAGGGAUUACCUCUGAGCUGGCCAGAACGGACAAGUUAAUGACCAGUAGGCCUUUAUGAUCCCUGACAUCUCCAUUUGGGGAGAGAUCUAGGAAGAAAGGACUUGUGAAGGGAGUGUUGCAGAUCAGAUCGGCUCUAGGUCUGAUGGUCCUCUCUGCUGGAAUAUGCUAUGCCUUUGAACCUCGGUUGAUAGCAAGUGAUGAUCCUUGCCAGGCUCUGGUGGUGACGUGUACUGUUAAAAGUUGGGCAAAUGCUGAAACCUCUACUCCGUAUGCAGUUCCCGUAUCAUUCUGUGCAUGAUUUGAGUUAGAUCUCCCAAAACCGGUGGGGAGCAAACACCACACAUGUAUAUGUGUAAUAUUUGAAAAUAAUACAUUUGUAAGUUAAGGAGGUUUACAAUCAAAGAUAAACAAAUUUUGAUAAUAAAAUGAAACUGUUGGGGUUCCCAGGAAUUUUUGGCCUUUUUCCUGUGGUGUACAUUUUCCUUCCCUAAUUUAGUCUCUAUCACAAAAGUAAACAUUAAUAAAUCAUGCAAACUUUGGUUUGUCGCUCCACAUUCACCUAUGCAACCUAAAUUUGAGAUUUAAACUUCACUAACUCAUUUAUUGUCUGGCAGUUGUACAUUGACAGCAUCUCCAUUGAGUCUUAUGUUCAAACAUAGCAAAAAGUGCUCUUCUUAAUCCUAAUUUGGUAAAGUACCCAUUGGUCUUCAACAAUGCGUCUUCAUCCUGGGACUUAAAGGGAUAUACUGAUGCCUUCCGAUGGUUUUGCCAUGUUUGCAGUGAACCUCCUUAAACUGCAUGUAUAUGUCACUGUUCCUUUGUAUGUGUGUCUCUCUACCACAUAACCCAGCACUUCUCUCCUCAGCCAAGUGGCUAGGGGCGAGCCUAGCCAAGAUUUUACCUCCAAUGGACGCAAGUUUCUUUGGUGAAGAUCUCUCCUGAGAGUUCGGGACUAGCAGGAAGAAGCGAGGAAAUUUCGCCCGUUUGGUUCUGUCGGAUAGGUAUUUAUGGACUCGGUCUGUGUGAAUGUAAGCUGUAAUAUUUAACUACUGAGAACAGAUAUUUUUUGCAAGUGGCAUUGAAUGGUUGGCCAAAGCAUACAUGGUAAGAACUGCUAGCAAGGGGGAUACGUUUUCUACCCUAAAGGAUUGUCUGCCUUUAGCUCUAAGUUCUGUUGUGCUGUAGAGAGCUGCUUAGAGUUUGUUAUGAUUACUCCAGUUAAAAGUAGGUGAGAGAUGAUUAGUCACGUUAAGUAUAAAUCUGAAGCUUUGCAUUUGUUUUAAUAUUUUUAUUUUAUUAUUUUAAGUAUUUGGUAAGUAUGUGCAUAGAGUGUCACACACAACCAGCAUGGGUGUAGACUUCCCUCCAGUGACCAGCCUGUUCACAUUACAGAUACGACGGGCGUGGUCACCUGCAUGACCUCUCCGCCUACGAUGCUGAGUACGCCACGUGGAACCGAGACUACCAGCUGUCUGAAGAGGAGGCGCGGGUAGAGGCGCUGUGUGAUGAAGAGAGAGGAAGAAUACAAAAGAUUGAGUGAAGCGCUGGCGGAGGAUGGGAACUACAGUGCCGUAGGGUUCACUUACGGCAGUGACUAUUACGACCCGUCAGAGCCCACAGAGGAGGAGGAGCCCUCGAAGCAGAGAGAAAAAAGUGAGGCUGAAAACUUGGAAGAAAAUGAGGAGCCUUUCAUCGCCCCUUUAGGACUAAGCGUCCCGUCUGACGUGGAGCUGCCACCAACAGCCAAAAUGCAUGCCAUCAUCGAGCGCACAGCCAACUUCGUAUGCAAGCAGGGAGCACAGUUCGAGAUCAUGCUGAAGGCCAAGCAAGCACGGAACUCACAGUUCGACUUCCUGCGGUUUGAUCACUACCUCAACCCCUACUACAAGUUCAUCCAGAAAGCCAUGAAGGAAGGACGGUACACGGUGCUAGCUGAGAGCAAGAGCGAGGAGAAGAAAAAGUCUGGGCCAACCUCCGACAAUGAAGAGGAAGAUGAUGAGGAAGAUGGGAGUUACCUGCACCCGUCUCUCUUUGCUUCCAAGAAGAGCAGCCGCCUGGAAGAGCUGAUGAAGCCCUUGAAGGUGGUAGACCCGGAUCACCCUCUAGCAGCCCUUGUCCGGAAAGCACAGGCUGACAGCUCAGCCCCGGCCCCACCCACUGCAGAUGGCACUCCUGCUCAGCCCUCCCAGGUGGAGUACACGGCAGACUCAACCGUGGCAGCCAUGUACUACAGCUACUACAUGCUGCCAGAUGGCACCUACUGCCUGGCACCACCCCCACCCGGGAUCGAUGUGGCUACUUACUACAGCACCCUUCCUGCUGGGGUGACUGUGUCCAGCUCACCUGGUGUGACCACGACUGUACCACCACCUCCUGGGACCACACCUCCUCCACCCCCAACCACAGCUGAGUCAAGCAGCGGGGUUACCUCCACAACCACCACCACAAGUGCGCUUGCUCCCGUGGCCAUCAUACCCCCGCCCCCUGACAUCCAGCCUGUGAUUGACAAGCUGGCAGAGUACGUCGCCAGAAACGGCCUUAAAUUUGAGACCAGUGUUCGAGCCAAGAACGAUCAGAGAUUUGAAUUCCUUCAACCCUGGCACCAGUACAACGCCUACUACGAGUUUAAGAAGCAGUUCUUCCUGCAGAAGGAAGGAGGCGGUAGCACACAGGCAGCAUCAACAGCUGAAGAGGCUCCCACAGAAACCGCUGUUGAAGAGUCAAGUGAAGCUGGAGAGGACGGCGCUCCUGAGGGUAUGGCAGAGACUGGGGGAAGAGGCAGCGGGAAGAAGGAGGCUGGGUCCAGCAAGAGCACCGUGGACGGGAAGCUGGUAAAAGCUUCUUUUGCUCCAAUAAGCUUUGCCAUCAAAGCCAAAGAAAAUGACCUACUUCCCCUGGAAAAAAACCGCGUCAAGCUGGACGAUGAUAGUGAGGAAGAUGAGGAAAGCAGGGAGUGCCAGGAAAGCACAAGCAGUGUGGCCAACCCCAGCCCAGCCGCAGCCCCUCCCUCUGCAGUGGUGGAGGAGAAGAAACCGCAGCUUACCCAAGAGGAGCUCGAAGCUAAGCAAGCAAAACAAAAGCUGGAGGACCGCCUUGCUGCUGCCGCCCGGGAAAAGCUAGCUCAGGCGUCCAAGGAGUCGAAGGAGAAGCAGCUUCAGGCUGAACGGAAGAGGAAAGCUGCUUUGUUUCUGCAGACCUUAAAAAACCCUCUUCCAGAUGCAGAAGUUGGAAAACUUGAGGAGAGCACUUUCGGAGUUGAGGAAACUGGUGUCAUGCCCUGUCCUCUGCUGGUUGGAGGUAGAACCCUGCCCAUGUUGGAAGGGAAGCCUCCAGAAAGGCCUUCAAGUAGAUGCAGAGACCCACCAAGAGAAGAAGAAAGAGAGAAGAAGAAGAAGAAGCACAAAAAACGGUCUCGAACGAGGUCCCGCUCCCCCAAGUACCACUCGUCUUCCAAGCCCAGGUCUAGAUCCCACUCAAAAGCAAAGCACUCCCUGCCCAGUGCCUACCGGACAGUGCGGCGGUCGAGGUCACGGUCUCGGUCCCCAAGAAGGAGAGCUCACUCUCCAGAGAGACGACGGGAAGACAGGAGUGUCCCCACAGCCUACCGGAUGAGCGGCAGCCCUGGAGUCAGCAGGAAACGGACCCGUUCCAGAAGUCCCCAUGAGAAGAAGAAGAAACGGCGCUCACGCUCUCGCACCAAGGCCAAGGCCCGGUCGCAGUCAACUUCCCCGAGUAAACAGGCAGCACAGCGUCCCUCGGCCCACUCAGCCCACUCGGCCAGCAUCUCUCCUGUGGAGAGCCGAGGUUCCUCCCAGGAACGAUCCAGGGGGGUUUCUCAGGAAAAAGAUGGCCAGAUCUCCUCAGCAAUCGUCUCCUCUGUGCAGAGCAAAAUAACUCAGGAUCUCAUGGCCAAAGUAAGAGCAAUGCUCGCAGCUUCAAAAAACCUGCAGACCAGCGCGUCCUGAGAGGGCAGCCACGGAGCCAGCCCCUGGCGAGCAGCAUGGCUGUGGCCCUGGCUGUGGCUACAGGUGCUGGGCUACUGCUCAGAGCAGCCACAGUCCAGAAGUCAGAAGCUGAGCUGCAAGCUCUGUGCCGACCUCCAUGCGGCUCUCCAGGUUCUCCAGCCCAACUCCCUGGGUCAGUCGGUGGCUUUUGUAAAUUUUUGGUGACAUUUUCUGUUUCAGAUUUUUGACCAGCAGUCUCUUACCUGUAUAUAUGUAAAUAUAUCAUGUUUCUGUGAAAAUGUAUUAUCAAAUAAAAUGGGAAACACCUUUUCUAGCUAGCA